AUAACUUUACUUCAACAAAAAUAAUUUCAGUUUACCAAAAAAAAUAAUUUUACUUCAACAAAAAUAAAUAAGGUAAAGUGAACGAGUCUAGAUAUCACCGAUCCUGGGAUCGAUUCUCAUCUCGCUUAUAUGAAACAAAAAAAAUCAACAAAACGCUACUCCUAUCACCCAUUCACCCCUUUCAAGUCUGUUCUUUUCUUUUACCCGUUGCCGUCUGGAUCCUAUUUACGUCUGCGCUGACUCGCCACACCUCGCCUCCUCUAACUCCUCCAUUGAAGUGCACUUUAUACUCCAUUGAAGCGGCUUGUGAGCUUUCUCUCUUCUCUUGAAGCUGCCUCUGAGAUGUCUGGGCCAGGUUUGGACUGUUUCGUGGACCUAAACUUGCACUCUCAAUAAGACUCGUAAGCCAGACUGUGCAAACUUUCCUUCGACUAUUACUCUGGAAAAUUUAAUUCCCUGGAUAAAUCAUUUCAAGACAUGGCAUUAAUUAAGCAUAAGAACUGGUGUAAAAUCUUGAGUGGAAUGUUGAUAGCUAAUGUAGAGAUUAAUGAGAUGGGAAGAAGAUGGUAUGCUAAUAAUACAAAGAUUGACUGGAAUAAGCUGAGGCCAAUGAUAAAGCAGAGGAUAGAAAACAGGUCUAGAGGAUAUCCAAUCCGAUCCAUGAUUCCUAUUGCAGAAGAAAUUCUUCAAGCUCGAUCUGACGUCAUCCGCGGUGUCUCUGCACUCCUCAAGGUGUUGCCAGUACUAGCCUGCAAGUACUGUCCGGAAGUACAUGUUGGUGAGACAGGUCACCUUAUUCGUUCGUGCCAUGGCCACAGACGAUUGAACAAGAAUCAGGCUCAUCAAUGGAUCAGGGCAAGUUUAAAUGAUAUACUUGUCCCUGUGGAGACAUUCCAUCUCGAUAACAUGGUCCAAGAUGUGAUCAAGCACCAGCAAAGAUUUGAUUUUGAUCGUGUUCCUGCUGUUGUUGAACUGUGCUGUCAGGCAGGAGCUAUUUCCCAUGAUUUGGAUAUUCAAUCUUUGAACUGUUUGUCUGACCCUACUGUAGAUCUUGCUUUGAGCGGACCUGAUUCCUUGUCUGCAGAUCAACUGAGAGCCAUAGGAAAUCGAACAUUAAGCGCAUGGGAACUUCUUAGACAUGGUGUGCAAAAGCUCUUGUUGGUCUAUUCAGCUAAGGUCUGUAAAUACUGUUCAGAAGUUCAUGUGGGGCCAUCAGGCCAUAAGGCCCGACUUUGUGGAGUAUUCAAGUAUCAGAAUUGGCGAGGUAAUCAUUUCUGGGAAAAGGCAGGUGUAGAUGAUUUGGUACCACCUAAAAUGGUGUGGUUUCGUCGGCCUCAAGACCCUCCAGCACUUUUGCAUGAAGACCGCAAUUAUUAUGGACACGCACCUGCUGUAAUAGAUCUCUGCAUGAAGGCUGGUGCUGUGCCACCCCCCAAGUAUUUGUGUAUGAUGAAAGCUCAAGGUUUAAAAGGGCCGCCUCCAUAUAGGUCUUCUGGCUAAAUGCACAUCUUUGACUGCUCUUGGCUUUGCAUUCACUUGCCAUUGUCUAUGGUUUUUGAGCUCAAGCAAUUUCUGUUUAAGCACAACCUUACAUCCCCAAAGAAGCUUUUGGAUGACAGUCUGGUGCAGUGGUGCCAAGUGUAUAUUACUCCCCGGUCUAUAAAUCGCAACUAUUCAAACCUCUGACUUUGCUCAUGCAAGCCUCAAGAGAUUGUCAAGUGAAGAGGCUCCUUCAUGAAUUACUCGUGCACCUAUUCAAACCUCUUAACAGCUUCUAAAUGGUUGAUAGUUGGAUACUUGUCGGUUGCCAUUGUGGAUUUGUGCAUUGUAUUUAGUUAUGCUAACUAUUCUUUAAAAGAAUAAGUUGUGGAGACAAAAGUACAACUUGUAGUUUUAUUGACAGAUAUCUCAUCAUCAUUUUAACAGGACAGCAAAUUGUUUACUUUGAUUACCAAAUUUGGUUUACCAAUACCACCUACCAUAUUGGGUACAGGACUUUGUUGAUAUUGUUACAAGCAGAAAUUCAUCACAAGCAAGUAUUCAAAUGUG